UCUUCUCUUCGAUGGCGGUAAAAAAAAUCUCGCAGAGAGAGCGAAAGCGACGGCGAGGCACCACGAGAAACGCCGGCGAAAGCGAACUCCAACCUCCCGUUUCACGGUCGCGGGCUUCCUAUUUACUCCUUUUUCUUUCCCCUUUCUCGCUCUUCUCCUUCACGAGAUCCCAGCUUUUCCAUCUCCUUUUUCUUCCAUCUCCGCUGGAGAGGCCCUAGGCAUGGAGUCCGCCGCCGCCCUCGGGGAGGGACACAUCAAGGGAAUUCUCACCCACAGCGGCCGCUACGUCCGGUACAACGUGCACGGAAACCUAUUCGAGGUCACGGCGAAGUACGUGCCCCCGAUCCGCCCCAUCGGCCGCGGGGCCAACGGCAUCGUUUGUGCUGCAGUAAAUUCCCAGACUCAUGAAGAGGUUGCGAUAAAGAAGAUUGGCAAUGCAUUUGAUAAUAGUAUCGAUGCAAAAAGAACUUUGCGAGAAAUCAAGCUUCUUCAGCAUCUGAAUCAUGAUAAUGUAAGUUUAGUGCCAACUUGGCAUGAUUUCUUCAUCUUCUAGUUUCUUUAGA